AUGGCCAUUGUAGCAGCACCCAUAUCCCUCUCCCGGGAUGGCCCCGACACCAGGCGUCCACAGUCCCCGCUCUGGAGGCUGGAGUCCCAGACCCAGGUGCCGGCAGCUGGCCAGCUCUGUAAUCUGCUGGUCAAAGGCCACAUCCGCUUCCUCGAGAACCGUGCACGUGGCCACAGGUCCAUGCCCUGCCCCUGCUCCAGCCGGUGCUGCGUCACAGACCCUGGUCCCAGGCACAUCCCGCCUGGGCCCGAGGGCAAGGCCGUGCCAAGCGGACACUGUACUCCCCAGGACACUGCUCGGUUCUGUGAUCCGGGCGAGGGGCCGCCCGGCUCCUUCACGUCUGAGAAGCAAACCGAUCCUUGGGGGCCUCCUGGCCCCAAGAUCCCAGGGCUGGUUCCCGGAAGAUGCGGGCACAGGAAGGGCGGUGCUGGACGAACUGGCACCUUUGUUUGCCCUUUGAAGGAGCUGCUGGCCUUGCCUGGCCGAGCCCUGGCCCCGGGGGCUGCAGACACAGAGUCCACCCUGCCCGGCAGCGGGGCACAGGCCUGGGGGACCACCGCUGCCCAGUGUUUGUUCCGCUCCUGCUGGCGGCCCCUCCCCAGGCAUCGAUAUUCAUGGGGUGAUUCUAGUAACACUCUGAGACGGGAAAUUGUCUCAGCCACUCCCUGGCGUGGCCCACGAUUCCCUUGGGACCCCCAGGGCCCUUGGUGGGGGGGCCGUGAGCACCGGACUCUUCAGGACGAGACCGCCAGUGAUUGGCCCGUUUCACUGGGCUCGCGCUGGCACGGGUGGUACGGGAGCCUCCUGGGGGAAGCCGGGGGCUCCUUUGCAAGGUUCCCCCAUCCCCACCACACGCUGCCGGGGGGCCCGGCGGGGAGUGUCCCUCAUCUCACUUCCUCUAGUCUUGGCCCCGAGGUGAGGACGGCCCGGCCCCAGGAAGCCCUGUCUGGCGGCCGCGGUGUGAGCACAACCGGCCCCUCGGAAGAAGCGCUGGCUGCUGUGCGGUGGGUCCCAGACCUGGACCCUGGCGGCCCUUCUCCCAGGACGAGCGAGGGACCCCGUGGCUUCAAGGAAAACAGCGGACAGGACCGUCGUCGUUGCCGCGGGAAAUCUGAGCUUUCAGACGAGGUGUCCUGUCCAGACGACAGUGGACCCACAGCCAGGAGACGAACCUGCUGCCAUGAAGCCCGGAGUCCAGAUCUGCACAAACACCUCUCUUCUCACUGAAUUUAUGUGUUGGAAAAGAAACAAGUUUUAUUUUAUUUUAUUUUAUUUUAUUUUAUUUUAUUUUAUUUUAUUUUAUUUUAUUUUAUUUUAUUUUAUUAUUAUUUUUUAAUGUUUAUUUAUUUUUGAGAGAGAGAGACGGAGCACGAGUGGGGGAGGGACAGAGAGAGAGGGAGACAUAGAAUCCCAAGCAGGCUCCAGGCUCUGAGCUGUCAGCACAGAGCCCAAUGCGGGGCUCGAACUCACAAACUGUGGGAUCAUGACUUGAGCCAAAGUCGGACACUUAACUGCCUGAACCACCCAGGUGCCCCCAAAAGUU